GUUUCCGGAAACUGUCGAGCGAUGACGCCGAGCGUCCGCCGUAGCGACGCUUGUAGGAGUUUGUAGACGAGCGGAGGGAGCAAAAUGGCGGACGAGGAUAUUACGCUUGAUGGAAAACCUCUCCAGUCGCUCAGAGUUGCGGAUUUGAAGGCCGCUCUGGAGCAAAGAAACCUGCCGAAAAGCGGUCAGAAAAACACGCUUGUCAAGCGUCUGAAAGGGGCCCUGAUGCUAGAAAACCUACAGAAGACAUCCUCCUCCCACAUGCACAGUGGGCUGCAGCCCAACUCUCAGAUAGGGGAGGAGAUGUGCCAGAACAGCUUCAUUAAACAGUACUUGGCCAAACAGCAGGAACUACUUCGCCAGAGACUCGAGAGAGAGGCUACACAAAACGAUGAGGCAGAUGAAAGCCCAUCAGUUCCAGAGGAAGACGAGGAGCACUCAGAAGACAAUGACAGUCCUUCCUGUGUCACUGAAAAGAAUUGCCCAAUACCCUCUCACUCCACACUGACUAGGCCAGGAAGAGCAGUAAGUGCUGCGGUGGUGGGUCAUGGGUUUAUGUCCAUUCAAAGCCAGGAGUCUCCUGAGGCUCUACAAACUAGGGUGCAGCGAGCUGUUGGACAUCAAGAGCCAGUGCCCUCUCCUCCCCGUGCUGUAGCAUCUCUGUCAGUGCGCAUUUUGGGUGAGGCUGAUCGGCAGGGGUUGCCCCCUGCUGUGCCUAGGGUCUAUGAGAAGGAGGGCACUGCACCGAGUCAACCAGGAUCUGCUCAGUCUGUUCUUCACUUGAGCAGAUCUGCUGGGGUCACAGCAGGAAGUGUCGUCCUCAAGGAUAGUAGUGAUGAUGAUGAUGACGAUGAUGAUGGAGAUGAUGAGUGUGAAGAUGAUGAGGAUUGGGGGUCGCAGCCUGGCAAGGGUAAAACUGUUCCUCCAAAGCCACAGCAAAUGCCCUCAACCAUGCUUUCGUCAGGAGGGAGGUCCAAACGCAAACUUCAAGUUCCACAGCACAUCCCACCACCACAGGCACAACACAGCCCCAUGCAGUUGCGCCACCCCACUCCUCCUCCUUCACCUCCUUCUAACCUCUUUCCACUUCCUGAUACUCCAAAGCAGAGUCCACCAGAACCAGAUGACCAGGACAGAGAUGUUGCAGAACCUGCACUCGACCGGAGGGCAGCAUCUUUUCUGCCUCCUUCCGUACAGAUGCAAGACUCAGACUCAAGCUCAGGGUCCAGCAGUCCCGAUCCUCCUGCAAAGUCUAAACCUGGACCUCUUUCUCUGCUUGUGCAUAAGAUGGAGUCAGAAGGGGCUUUUCAAGCAUCAAUGGAAAUGUCAGAAGAUACAUCUCACUCCACGGCCGGAUCCUCCAGUGAAUCUCCUUUGCAAAAACUGAAAAAAAAGAGGCAAGAAGAAAAUAUAGAGACUGAGGUAGAGACACAACUAAAGAAGGUGAAGGAGAGAGGUGGGCAGCAGGUGAGAGAGAGAGAAGAGCAUUACAGUGAAGAAAAGAAGAAAGACAGAGAAAAAGAGCAACAUCAAUACAAGGAGAACAUGGAGACUAAACUUAACACAGCAGAAAAUGAAGGUCGAGGGAAAAAAACGCAGGAUGAGGUGGAGAUUAAAGAGGAGAGUGGACUGAAGGAAGAGAAGGACAUGAGGCAGAAAACAGCAAACAGAGACAGGAAGGUUAUGACAAAGCAACGAGAAUCUGAUUCAUCAGAUUCUGACUCCAAAUCAGACUCAGCUUCACAGUCAUCAUCCUCCUCAAGUGAUAAGACCCUCUCAGCUAGGCAGAACAAGCUGUUGGGACAAACACACAAACAGAAGGUGGAGGAGGAACAUAAGACAACCCUGACUGAGGAGGUGAAGAAAAGACACUUGUCAACAAGGCGUUCUGUGUGGACAGACCCACAGCUAUUGGAGGUGUCUGAGCCCAGUGCGGCUGCUGUGACAGAAGUGGAACCAGACUCAGAGAGUUCCAUGGCCGAUCAGCCGGCAUCUGGAGCUGAACCGGAGAACAGCGAGAACCGCCUGGAGGAGAGCACCACAACUAAGGCUUUUGCUGCUCGCAAGAUAUCCUUGACCAACCCCAAGACUUCUCCAGCCACCACAGAUGGAGGAGGAGCAGGAGAGGGGGAAGCAGGAGUGGCAGCCGGGAGGAAGAGGAGGUGGGGCUCCAGCACAGCUGUCACUGCUAAGAAACCAUCCAUCAGCAUCACCACAGAGUCACUGAAGUCUUUGAUCCCAGACAUAAAACUGGAGGCCGUGGUUGACCUGCAUCCAGAGGAGCUGCAGCUGUCUGGAGACGAAGGCAAACAGGAGAACAACCACAGUGACGAGGACAAAGGUCUGAAGAUCAGACGCACCGUCACACAGGUGGUUCAAGGUGACACUCAGGAGAAUGGGCAGGAAGAAGAUGAUGAGGAAGAGGAGGUGCAGGAACAGGUGGAGAAGAUGGAGAAGACAGAGAAAGAAAAACACAGUUCCAGAGACAGAAGGAAGAGCAGUGUUUCAGAGGAGACCUCAGAAUCUCAGACAUUUGCCAACAUGGAUGGAGAUGUCAAGAAAGUCACCCCCAGGGACAGCCUGGUGCGUCGCUCCAUCAGUCAGCAAAAGUCUGGCGUCUCCGUCACUAUUGAUGAUCCUGUUUGUGCAGUGAAGCAGCCGUCACCACCCAGAGGCCAGAUCUCCAAAAUCAUCCAUGUCACCAACCUGGUUCGUCCAUUCACUCUGGGUCAACUCAAGGAGCUGCUCAACAGAACAGGCUCGGUCCUGGAGGAUGGAUUCUGGAUUGACAAGAUCAAGUCUCACUGUUAUGUCACUUACGCCACCACAGAGGAGGCCGUGUCCACCAGGAACGCCAUCCAUGGAGUCAAGUGGCCUUCCAGCAAUCCCAAAGUUCUCAGCGUGGACUUCUGUGGACAGGACGAGCUGGACUUCCACAGAGGUAUCCUGAAGCCAGAAAAGGAGGUGGAGCACAUCCAGGUCCAAGCUCCAGGUGCUCCUCACAACCGACUUCCCCCACUGAUGCCGGAGCGAGACAGGGACAGGGAGCGUGAGAGGGACAGAGACAGGGACAGGGAGGAGAAGGACAGAGAGCAUGAACGGGACAGGGAACGAGGAGCAGCUGGAGUUAGGGACAUUUGGGCCGAGCGGGAGAGAGAGAUGGAACGCCGUGAGAGGGCACGCGGUGAACGGGAAUGGGACCGGGACAAGAUCAGGGAAUAUGCCGGACCCGGAGAGGAUGAAAGGAGAUCCCGGUCCAGGGAGAGAGAGCGAAGGAGGAGGGAGCGGGCCAGGAGUAAGGAGAGGAAGACGGACAAAAAAGAAAAGGGCGACGAACCUCCGGCCAAACUUCUGGACGACCUGUUUCUCAAGACCAAAGCACCUCCGUGUAUCUACUGGCUUCCCCUCACAGAGGAGCAGGCGGCGCAGAGGCUGCUUGACCGCACAGAGAGGCAGAAGGAACGUGAACGACGGCGCAAGGAGCAGCAGGAGGAGGAAGACAAGAAGCGUGAGGAGGAAAAGAAGGAGCGUCUGAAGAUCAGGGAGAAGGAUGGUGGAGGAGGUGGAGGCAGUGCAGGAGGUGGAGGCAGUGGAGGAGGGGGAGGUGGAGGCGGCAGUGGCGGCAGUGCAGCUGGCAGUGCAGCUAUUAACAGAGGAGCAGACAGACGAGGAACCAAUGGAGACAGAGAACGGGAGAAGGAGAGGGAACGAGGCCGGGACAAAGAGGGAGACACAAGGAGGGACAGUGGAGGUCACAGGCCACAGAGACUCUCUGGUGGACCUGGAAGUGGACGUCGGUCUCGUAGCCGUAGCAACCCUCGAGACAGACGCCGCUGAGGUGAUGGAGGGAGAAACAAACGCUGCUGCUGCUGGGAGGGCUUGAAGGGAGGAGACGCAGCAGACAGGAAGUGUGGCUCCGCCUGGUGAAGCAUAAGGUUCAGGAUGAGAGUCUGCUUUAAUUUGUCCACUCUGCUUCCAGAAAAUUCUCCUCAAAUUUAUGCAGAAAAAAGAAUGUUGAUUACAGUUGGAUUUUAAGGAAAUUGGGGGUUCGUCUCCUUCCUGCUCCUCUGUCUCCUCCUUCUGUCUGUUCUGUUUUUUUUUCUGUUCCAGAAGAGAAUCUCUCCUCAUGUAGAGCACAGCGUUGUACCUCCUCUUCCUCCACCCUCUCCUCCUCCUCCUCAGUGGAAGGGCGGUGGUGGUUUCCUCUGGCUGGCCUCAGCAUUUUGUUCCACUGAGGUUUGGGUUCCAGCCUGUGUUCUAUUUCAGUUCUGUGGCUGCACAGCUCCUUCCUCCUCAGAACCCUGUAAUAAAAGCUGUUCAGAAUAGAAGCCUGACCUUCACCUAUUUUUCUAGGGUGUGUUUUUAAGUUCCUCUCAGACGGUUGGUGUCAGCGUGACUCCACCAGAGAGUUUUUUUUUCCUUGUUAGUUUUAUGUCAGAUCAUGUUUGUUUGUUUUCUGCUUUGGAGGUUUUGUGAGAUUGUUCCACCAACCACUGAAGUCUUCACACUGAAGAAAUUGAAGACGUGAACGAAAAACACCACAGGACAGGAAGUUCUCUGUCACAAACAGGAAGAGCUGCACCGAUCAUCCGUGCCUCGGUCUUUGAAUCAUGUUCAACAGGAGGUGAACACAGUGAUGGUCACUCUUUUAAUCUUUUUUUUUAAUCAGUUUUUAGUUGGAAAAUCUUUUGAUUUUGUUGUAUUUCCCCCCCUCCUGUAAGUUCUAAAUGUACUGAGAAUUUAAAAAUAAAUUUAAAUUGGUUCUGA